AUAUAUAUUUUUAUUUAAUUUCGCGUAAUUUCGUUUCAUGUGUUUCUCGCUCUUCUCCUUCAUCGGUUUGUUGUAUUUCGAGAAUUGCAUUUGCAAUUUUAAUUUGGCGCAUCGCUAAUUUCCCACUGAGUAUUGUUUAAUAUUAUUAAUAGAUGUUUCUGUGUGUGUUGCGAUUUCUGUCAUUUCAUUCACGUUUCGUGGCUCGUCGUGGGCUUGCGAUGGAAACACACACAAACGAAAUGGGAAAAUCAAAGUGAAGAAGAAUCAAACCCAGACACUACACAUCGAACGGCACACACCCCCACACACACACACCCACCCACACACACACACACACCCACGCACACAGCAAUAUGCCCGUCUCAUUGAUCGUCUUGCUCAAAUUUCAGAGCCAAAUAGCGCGAAGAGCGAUAAACGGUCCAUAGCACAUACACGAGUACGAAAGCCCAGGAAGCCAUGUGCACCUCGCCUGUAGCCCACCAGAUGUCAUCGAGCAUGUCGUCCGGCAGGAUAUUGCCUCGUCGCCAGGCGAUACCCGUCCUCUAUACGCGUGGCACACACUACGAGGUUGGCUUCGAUAUGGGUCGCACUUUUGGCUCGAUGAUUAAGAACUUUUUGAUCUUAUCGAAGUCACUGAACGAGACCUACUUGCCCCUGUACAGCACCGUAAAAGGCCGUCAAAUUUAUAACGAGACUCUCGAAUCGGUUAAGUGCAGCUUUCCGCAAUAUGUCCGCGAAUUGGAGGGCGUUGCCGAUGGAGCCGAGGUGGAGUUUCACAAGUUAUUCUUGUUGCAUCUAGAUGAAAUAUUGCCACAGUCCAUAAAGCACCAGCCACGCAGCAAAAAUCAACCCACUGGCUGCUCCUCGAUAAUUGUUAAUCAGCCGCAUUGCCGCCUGCUGGGCCACACGGAGGAUGCUCUCACUGAGACGCUGAAUCAUUAUUACUUUGUGGUCGCCCACAUCAUUAGCGACAAGCCGCAGGGCAAAUAUAAUGUAAAGGAAGAGCACUUUAUGUCGCUUUGCUAUGCCGGCCACCUGCCUGGCUAUACCAUGAGCCACAAUCAUCAUGGACUUAUCUUUAGCAUCAACACAAUUAGCGCCGAGCUGCUGCGCAGUGGCAAGACACCUCGUCAUUUUUUGACCCGAGCUCUGCUCGCCACAAGCAACGUGGACGAUGCCUUCAGAGUGCUAACGGAUGCCGGCGUUGGCGCCGCCGAUGCUUGCUCCAUCAACUUAUCGUUUUUGGCCGAUCCACGUCAAAUGUUCUACAACAUAGAAAUGGCACCGAAUCCGGACAAGAAGAAUGAAUCCCACUUGAGCAUCAAGGAGAUACCGCAGGGCGGGCAUAAUUAUCACACCAACCAAUUCGAACGCAUCAUCUUGGAUCAGGCCAAUGAGCCGAUGGUGCAGUCAAGCAUCUCGCGCAUGAGCGUCUUUAGUAACUACAAGCCGCCGGCCAGCGAGCAGGAUGUCCGCAAUAUGCUGGGCGAUACAAAUGGCGGUUGCUUUUGCGUAUGGCGCGAUAACGGCAGCAUCGAUGAGGAGGUCAAGACUAUAGCAGUGGGCCUAUUCGAUCUGAAUGCCAAGACUUUAUCACUCUACUCGGACAAUCCGAGCCUUACCGAGCCCCAUUGCACGUUGCCUUUACUUUACAAGUAGUAAAUAACACAAAUAAUUCAGUACUUGAACUCAUCAUGAAAUAUAGCUAAAAAGGAAUUUUUAUAUUUUUUUUGAAACAUAAGCAAUAAUCAGCAAAUACUUAACAAUUAUUAAUAAUAACAUGAUAUAUACAUACAUUGG